UUUGCCGGGUUGUCCUCUCUCUCCUCUCUCCAUCAGAGAAGGUUUAAUUUCCUCCAGUUAUUUCGCCCCCCCUUUUCAUUUCCAGCUUCACCAAAUUCUUGAUUCUCCUCUUCAACUGCUCCUCUCCUUUCGCAAGGCUCAUCUCUUCCCUCCACUUUCCCCUCAUAUCGAUCCCGGUCGUUUCUCACCCGCCCCCAGCGACUGCGCCGCCUCCAGCCUCGGAGGGAAAAGCUUUAAACAACCACGUCUCGUUCUAUCUCACACCAUCCUGAUAUCCUGGUCUUUCCCACCCUGCCAAUCCUGACUCCGCUACAACACCUCUUUAUCCUCAUCAUCUGAAUCCAGAUCAAUUGUGAGUCGGCGAUUAGAAUUUCAUUCGACAUGUCUACUAGCGACCAACCGGGCCCGGGCCUAUCUGGCAUCGCCGACCCUUCUGCACCCGCAUCAACUGGAUCCCCCCACGAACAGUCACAACAACCACAGCCCGCUCCUGUUUCAUCGUCAGAAACCGCCCAGACACAUAACUCCCCUGCUCAGACUGAGGACACCCAGCGAGGCCAGACAACGGCCGAUGCGAAGCCGGAAGACGGUGGCGAAAGCACUACUCCAGUAGCACCGGCCGCCCCCGCCCAAGCUAAAGAUACGGAAGCUGCUGCUGCUCCGGUCCCAUCGCCAAACAAUGUAUCUCAACUAGAAUCAGAAGAGCCUAAGGUCGUCGCGCCCGCUGCUGCUCAGUCAGCGUCGGAAGAGCCAUCGGAUGCUACUGCGAAGGAAGCAGAUGAGGACCCUGGACCGUCGUUGGUGAUUACACUCCUUUUAAUCACCGGUUCAAGGCAUCCAUUCAAGAUCGAUGGGAGAUACCUUCGGAAACAAUCUGUUAAUGUCGAAAACCAUGAUCCUUUUCUUAUGAGUGUUUACACACUGAAAGAGUUGAUCUGGAGAGAAUGGCGAUCAGACUGGGAACAACGUCCGACGUCACCUAGCUCGAUUCGAUUGAUUUCGUUUGGCAAGCUAUUGGAAGAUAAAGCUCCUUUAUCAGACUCCAAAUUCAGUCGGGACGCCCCCAACGUGGUGCAUAUGACCGUGAAGCCUCAGGAGCUCGUUGAUGAAGAAGACGCCAAAGGAGCCAAGACGCAAUACACUAGGGAGCGGGAAGCCAGUGAGCGCAGCCCCAGCUGCCGGUGCGUCAUUCUAUAAGCGAAGUAUUUUGUGCAUAUAGAAGGCACGCGUCAUAUACGGCUCUAGCCCCGAACUUCCCUCGUCAUUUAUCACAUAUUUUUGCCCUUUGCCUUUGUUGCAGAAGAGGCUCCACCAUUUGGACCAUAAUGUGUUGGAUCUGGUGAUCUUGCAUAUCGUUGCUUUUUCUAUUUCUAUUGGUUAGAGUUUUCACCCGCCACUGUCUAUUUGCCUUGAUGCAGGAUAUCUGGCUUUCGAUAUGGUUAACCAUACGCUUGGGACGGCGUUGUCGACUUUACU